CGGAGUGACAUGCCUGCCCUGGUUGCCACAAAGGGCCAAAUCACGAAGAGUGCAGACCGGAAGCGAGCCCUCUCCCGACAACUGAGGAGGCUGCAUCGAGAAAUCGAGAAAGCGGAAGAAGAAUUGAGGAAGAUUUCCAGUUCCUUCGCAGAGAAGAGAAGUAGAAUAGGUCGACCCGUAAAGACUAAUAUUAAUAAAUGUUGCUCAAAAGAAAAUAGAGUGCUAGAGAUGAAAAGAUUGGAAGUAAAUGAGCUUGUUGAUGAAAUUCUGGAAAUGUACGAGUAUGUCUGGGAAGGAAUGUGUGGCAGAUCUCUCCAGUCUCUUGACUUUUCUGGGGCUAUGACUGCGGAGGAACACAGAAAGAUUCAUCGCAUGAGCGACUUGAAAAAUGUACUCCCAUUGGUGCCGCAUGACAUUAUGUUAAGUGAAGUGCUUAAGCUGAUGGAAGAAUACAGGAAACUCAUGCUGGAUCAUCAUGAACUUUCCACGCUCAAGCAAGGACUACGUCUACAAAAUUCUGAACUUCUGGUCUUACUGAAAUGUUAUCAUGCACACAGGAACUCAUCAUAGAAAACUAUUACAUGCCUUGGACACAGUGGCCAAUCAAGAAUUUUCAGUCUGAAAAAAUCUGGGGCCAUGACAUUUGUGAAUAGUCACGAAGUCUCAUUUUUCACCUGAGUAGAUGAAAAUG